CGUACACGCCCGAUAUUUUGUUCUUAUUUCCAAGAUUGGGAGCGUCUACUUGUCUUGUGUAUAUAGGAGUUGGCUUGAAUUUUCUGUUUAAACAACCACAAUUUUCGCUUUCUAGACUCCCUUACUCAAGAUAAGGUCCCUCACUUUGAAAGCUGUUUCUUUUGAAAAUGCGUGAAUAUAAACUUGUCGUUCUUGGUUCUGGAGGUGUAGGCAAAAGUGCUCUGACAGUUCAGUUCGUUCAAGGGAUAUUUGUCGAGAAGUAUGACCCAACGAUUGAAGAUUCUUAUCGAAAGCAAGUGGAAGUUGAUGCACAACAGUGUAUGUUGGAAAUACUUGAUACAGCAGGCACAGAACAAUUUACAGCAAUGCGUGAUUUAUACAUGAAAAAUGGACAAGGAUUUGUUUUGGUGUACUCCAUAACAGCUCAAUCRACAUUCAAUGAUCUUCAAGAUUUAAGAGAACAAAUCUUAAGAGUUAAAGAUACUGAUGAUGUUCCCAUGGUUCUUGUUGGGAACAAGUGCGACUUAGAAGAUGAAAGGGUUGUAGGUAAAGAUCAAGGUCAAAAUUUAGCUAAGCAAUUUUCAAACUGCACAUUCUUGGAAACUUCAGCCAAGUUAAAAAUCAAUGUCAAUGAGAUAUUUUAUGACUUGGUAAGACAGAUAAACAGAAAAACUCCAGAAGCCAAGAACAGGAAGAAGAAAAAGGGAUGUGUUUUGCUGUAAAUUGAACUAAAGCUGAAAUACCAUCAUGACUGUGUCUGGUUACACAGAUAAACAAUUUGAUUCAGCCAAAAAGAAACUUGUCAAAAACUUCACAUUCCUUAGGCACUGCAUGUCGAGCACAUUACUUGAUAAAAUGUGUAUUUUGAGCUUGUUUUCUGAUGGAGGGAGUUCAUGCAUGGUUGAAAUGCAUUGACAAAGUACAGACGGAGACUGAGGUACAUUCAUAAAGCUUGGUUAGAAGUUUCAUCAUAAAGUAUCAAUAUUUUUUCCUACUAAGAAUUUUUUUUUGCCAAUGUGAGAAAACUUUUCUCUGUAGUUUUAAGAAUUGAUUUGAAUUUUGAUUUAGAAUUGAUUUUGAGAUUUUUAAUUAAUACCCUUUGUGUUUAAAUGAAUGGGAGAGAGUUUUCUGCUUCGAUGUUUUGUCCUUGUAAUAGAUCAAUUUGAUAUAACAGAUCUAAAUAUUCUGGAUUUUCUUCAGUGAAUAGUAACAAGACUACAGUUCUAGAACUACAGACUUUUUUUCAAAUUUUUUAUUCUGAUUUACAAAGUUUUUUUUAACUUGGAACCGUUGUUUUGUUGCACCAUAGCUAAUAAUCUAUUAACUAUUGUUGCACKUAAGAAACAUCCAGAUUCUACUUCUUUCCCAAUGAUUUAUUUAUAGUUUUGUUCAUCUAAUAAUAUUAUUUUAACACAACAUUUAUUGUUAUGGAUCAUAAUGAUCAGUUAUGUAGUACGUCGAUUCAUAGACCUGUGACAUCUUGAUGCAGGGCUUCAAAUAAAAGCUGGCCAUGAUUACUGGCCAAAAUUAGUUUUAGCUCGGCCAUUUCUGGCUCAAAAUAGUUGGUCAAAGUUAUACUGGAAAGUGAAGGAUCAGCCUUUGUUUUUAGCCUUGUUAUAAUGUAUAAAUGCGAACAAGAUAUUUUUUGUUUUUUUAUUGUCACUAAUGCUCCAAUUUUGGUCUUUUGGUUCAUUUCUUUUGUUUUUAAUAACCUCACAUGAAAUUCUAUGAUCUGACAAGCCUUUAACUCAAGGGGAUCUCUCUGGAAAGGCAACCAUCAUUUGUUAGUUUUGACUAUGGUCAUCACUUACAUGCAGAACAAAUUAACAAAUUUCAAUAACAAGUUGACAAAUUUUUACUAAAUACGAUAACUAUUCACUGAGUGUGAUAGAUACAUCUUGCUGCUUUACCUCUGACAGGGGCUUGCUCUAAAUAUUAAAUUUAAACUUUAAAAUAAUAGCCAAUUYGUGUUAUUUUGGUUGAGUAGUCAACAACAAUAUAGGCUCAAAGGAAAAAUAGUUACAAUCAUUCCAUGUUUCCUUAACCUGUAUGUAGCCCAAUUUGUACCUUGCCGACUGCAUGCACGCUGUUUCCUUGGAGCGUCUAUAAUGUGUGCAAGCACUCUUCUAGAAUAGCGAAAAUGGGCCAUUAUAAGAAGAAUUGAUUUGAAAAUGAAUUUGACUGAAUGACGAUAUAUUAUGAAUCACUCCAUGAUUAUUAAUUUAGAAAUGAGUAGUUUUAAGACAGUUUUAUAAAUUAUUACUGACAUACUAAUACUGUAGCAAGUUUAAUAAACCACAGGGAUAGCCACCCAAUCUUUUUUUCUUGAACGAGUUUGAAAAAAAUAUGGUUGUGUAGCCACUAGCAACAUUAACACCAUAAUCAUUGACUUCUGUUUUAGAGGAAAUAUUGCCAUUGCCUGAAGAUGUAAUAGAAAUCUGUAAAAAAAAGCACCCCAACAUUUUGGGUUAUGAUUCUCAUGGGGGAAAACCUACAUAGCACCCUCAGUUGAUUUAAUGUGUUCAGAAAGUCUAGAAUGCAAGCAAUAUAACCAUGAAACUUUAGUAAUACUAAAUACCACAAUUUCAAGCAAAUUCCAUUGUUUUCUAUUAUUUUAAUUAGCACUAUUUUGUACUAUUUAGUAAUUAGUGUUUCAYGGAUUAAUUGUUUGCACUCUAUUGUAUAUUAUUGUCGUUCUAUCUAUAUUGUAUUGGGUGUGAUUCAUCGUAUUUUUAUGAUAACAUUAUAUCACAUGCUUGCUAUGUGGGUCCUCCCAUUCUCAUAGUGCUAUCUCAUUCAGAAUAUUCAUCUGCUAAAGCACAAGUUUUCCAUAGAAUUUUUCUGGCUGACAGCACAUGCUGGUCUGUAUUUUACCACUAUGCAGAGCAGAUGAUGAGAUGCAAAGACUUUUCUUGACUAAUCGAAAACCAGCAACUUGCCAAACAUACCCUUAGUAUUUCUAAAAAUGUGAAAGUCAAUUUAAGAUGCUAACUUGGCUUUUUCUUGUGAUAUACUCCUAUAUCAUGCUUGCGUGGCAGUAUAUUUGAAUUAAUUGAAAAAGGCAUUUGCUAUCAAAUUUGUCACAUCCAUAGUUAAGUAAAACUGCAAAAUUUCGUUAAGAUUUCCCUUAAAACUGAAGAAGAUAUACAUUUUUUGAAACUCAGUAUUUUUUGGAAUGUUUACGAAGAAAUGUAUGUGCCCAGCCUGAUAACGAGGCUUUUGUGUAUGCCAUGCCCAUACAUUUCUUUGCAAAAAGAAAAUGCUUAAAGUUUCAAAAAUUCAUUUCUGAAUCAGUAAAAGGGCAUUCUCUAUAAAACUUUGCARUUUUAGUAUUAUUAAUCUAACGAGUUUGAUGGUAAACUCCUUUCUCGGGUAAAUCAAAACAAUUGUAUUUUCACUCUCCCAUGUGAUAUAGGUAUAUUAUUGACGUAUGAAAAGUUGGACAACCAUGUAAUGUAUACCAGGCUUCCUGUCAGAUUUUUUGAGCUUGUUGCUUUUCUUUCCCAAUAUCUUUGUACAGCGUGAUAUAAAUAAACACAAUUAAUUUAUUCAGUA